CCUGCGAAUAAUGUCACUCAAUGUCCUUUUUCCGUCUGUCCUGGACGUCUUUAUCACUCACGUCCUGCAGCCAAUUAGAUCUCUCAUAAACUGUGCCAACAAAUGUGAUUCAAUAAAUUUGUGUUAAAUUAAGCGAAAUGUGAAUGGAGAAGUGAAGACUUGCAAAUUGAUACUAUCAAAUCAAGUUUCAUAUACUUCCUGUGAAAGUGGAAAAAAUAUCUCCCUCAAGGAUGCGAAGUCGCACUGAGCUUGUUACCACAACAUUCAUUGACUCGGAAGAAGAUCCGACGGAAUCCGAUGACUCGGAAGAAGAUUGGCGACCCUCGCAAAGUGGAAAACGACGACUGUCGAAGUCAUCAAAGGUUCGUCGCAAAAAGCGAACGAGGCUAAAUAUUCCCCCUGCAACCCAUAAUGCAUUCAAGGAAGCCUGGGGCCAUAACCAGCCUGCUGAGAGAGUGGUCAAGGAGCGACACUACUUCCUGCCCAAGCAAGAGCCACAUCAAUCCACAGAAGAUAUAGUUGCGGAGCAGAAACUUCUUUUGGAGAAGUUUGCGGCUGGGAAAAAUAGUUCCGAGAAAAGCAGCAAUAGCGGUCCGUUCAGGCUGUAUCUGUACAAGAGGGACUUGGAUGAGAAUUAUAAGGAGAACUCGCAUUUAUGUUUGUGGGGACGAGAUGGCACGAACCUGCUGCAGAAGUAUAUCCGCGUGAAGACAACGAACCCAGACGAGUUUAUAUUUACAACAUCGUCAGUGUAUUCCAGCUGGGACGAGCGUCGACGAAGAGACUUCACCACCAUAUCCGUUAAAUAUAUGGAAGAAAACAAUCGACGUGUGACUCUGGUAAAUCCAGCUGACUUGGUCAAUUUAGCAAAUGAAGCGAUUGCACGCAGGAAAAACUUCCAAGAGGCAGGCAAUAAGCAGCAUUCUCCGAACGAAGCAGGAUCAAUGAGGUGUCACUUCGAUAACGAAGAUGAAAACGAUGAGGACGACGACGAAGAUGAUGACAUCGAUGACGACAACGAUGAAGAUGAGGAUGAUGAUGAUUACGACGAUGACGGAAGCUAUGACGAAUCUUCGGAACAAGAACAGGAAAACGAAACAGCACCCGCAACAGAAAACAAUGCUCAAAGUUUUGAUGCACAGGAGGAUGAUAAUCUCCAAACUGAUGACUCAAAUGAUCAAUAAUUAAGAUAAGGAACGUAAACGAUUUAAGAAGAUAAAUGUUAGGCUAAGGCUUGAAGACAUAUUCCUAAAAUAUCAUAGAUUCUCCGUUAUAUGUGUUUUAUGGUAAUCGCCUAGAAUUUAAAGAUGCAGGAAGCAUUGCUCCUGCUUAGAUAUAGUCAUUUUAAAGCGGCCCAAUCACUACUUCCGCCGCAAAGGAAGCGUUCCAAUUAUAAUAAUACGAAUACAAUGCAUACCUAACAAUUCUCUGACUGUUCAUGGCUAAACGAACAUUAACACUUUAUUUAUUCCAUUCGUGUCGCUCAAAUAUUUUCUAGUUUUUAGUCGCAAUGUAUAUUUUUUAUUAUGUUUAUAUCGACGCUCCGUCAUAUUUACGUUGAAGGUGAGGUGAUUUCAAAAAUCAGCCCCAUUUAUGUCAGGAUUCAAAAUCGUUUUCAUAUUACUUAUAUUUUAAUCAGAAGCUAUUUUUAUUCCAUAUAAUUUACUAGAAAUAUUGAAUAAGAUUCUAGUCCUAUGAAUAAAGUUGACCUGAAAUAUUAAGGCCCAAAA